ACGCAUUACAAGGACCCAAUUGUUGUCCUCAAUGAAGGGUUGAUGGAAUUAAUUGAUUAAUGACCGAAGAAUAGGAGCAUAUUGAACAAGUCCAGCGCGUGAGUUGACCACGGAAUACGCCGUUGCUUGCACGGUCGCAUUAUCCAAUCAGCGCAAAGCAAUGGAUGACGUCGAGUGAAAGUCCGCCUCGCUUUGGCAAGUGACGGGGACUUGCUUUCUGUCUUCUUGGUUCGUUAGUCCUUUGGCCGUCAAAAAAGUUGGUCUCUAUGAGUGAUUCUAUGCUUGUGUCCACCGUUACGGCGCAAACCGCCAUUCAAACAGAUAGUGACAUUGAUGCUCUUCCUUAUGUGGAUCGGGAGAUCGAUGAAGGAGACAUGAAAGCGACCGUGGAUCGUUUGAUCGAACAGGAAAUGCGACGAAUGAAGAAAAAGGAUCGGUCCAGCUUGCCAAUGCAGGUCGAAUUAUUCCAGAAUAACGAAAGCCUCAGUCAAGAAUGGCAGCGUGUAUCGAAAAAAGAACCUUUGGAUGCGUUGGAUACCACACGAUAUGAAUUGCAAGGACCAACCGACGAUAAAGCAGACGAUGUUCAAGCGUGGCAAGCCGCGGUCGAUAACACCAAAGCACAACUGGAAUCACAAGCAAAUAGUAUGUUCAAUCUGGAACUGCUUCAAAAAUACGGUGCCAAUGCUUGGCGAGUACACAACUACCAGAUGGAAAACUAUCUGAAACAUAUCAAGAAGGCUACCGAAGAAUACCGUUCCCAGAUUCGAGAGAUUAACAGGCAAAGAAAGGCAGAUCAGAUGCAGGCAGCCGGAUCACUACGUUCGCUGGAAAACAAAUGGUCGGAUCUUAUCAGUCAAAAUCUUCAAGUGGAUAUUGCAUGCAGUGCAUUGGAAAAUGAAGUGGCCGAGUUGAGACGAUAUAAAGCAAGUUUGGACAAGUAGAAGCAACUCAUGUAAAUAAAGAUUCCGUAUUACC